UUAUGAAGUGUGUUGAAAGGGUUAACCUAUAUUCCCCUUGGCCUCCCAGUUUGGUUUUUCUCACAAAGAAGGGUUUUCGUUCGCACAGUGCUCACUCGCUCGUUUCAUUCGUUCCUUCCAACUCUCGCUGAUCAUCCAUGGCUGAACAACGCGCCACCUCCGACAAUCGCCACCAGCUCUCCGUCGCACCGCCAUUGCAGAUCUCCAAAGAUGCCCCAGGAUCUGACAAUUCCAUUCCACUCUCACCACAGUGGCUUCUGCCAAAGCCGGGGGAGAAUAAACUUGGAACAGGAUCUGUGGAGAACCACAUGGUCUCGAACCCACCUUAUGGCCAUCGCUCAGAGACUGUCAAGACAUCUGGAAACGGAGAGGAUGUGCAUGAUGUCCAUAAGAAAAGGGAUGUCUUUAGGCCAUCCAUGUUUGACUCAGAAAGUGGACGUCGUGAUCGUUGGCGUGAUGAGGAGAGAGACACCAAGUCCUCCAUUCGGAAGGAUCGUUGGAGAGAUGGGGACAAAGACCUAGGUGAUUCUCGCAGAGUGGAUCGAUGGACAGAUAAUAUGUCUGCAAGGAACUUUGCAGAAGCACGGCGUGGUGCAUCUGAUAAUCACAGAUGGAAUGAUUCAGGAAACAGAGAAACUAACUUUGACCAGAGGCGUGAAAGUAAGUGGAACACCCGCUGGGGUCCUGAUGACAAGGAGCCAGAAGGCAUCCGUGAAAAAUGGAGUGACUCUGGAAAGGAUGGUGAUAUACAUUUGGAAAAAGGUAUGACUAACAUUUCCAGUCAGGGAAAGGACGAGAAGGAGGGAGAACACUAUCGGCCAUGGAGACCUAACUACUCACAGGGCCGUGCAAGGGUAGAUCCUUCCCAUACAACCCCAAACAAACCAGUCUCUACAUUUUCCUAUGGGCGUGGUCGUGGGGAGAAUACACCCCCAGUUUCUAGUAUUGGACAUGGACGUACUGGUUCCCUUGCUAGCUCUUUGAGUAGCACAUACUCUGGAACUGCAUUGGAAAAGGUUCAAAGUGGACUUGAAGAACUGAACCCCUUUAGAUAUAACAGGACAAAAUUGCUUGAUGUGUACAGAGUGAAUGGUAUGGGUACAAAUAGAAAACUAGUUGAUGAUUUUGUGCAGGUACUUAAUCUUACUCAGGAUGAACCCUUGGAGCCUCUAGCUAUUCUGGCACCAAAUCCUGAGGAACUGGCUGUCUUGAAUGGAAUUGACAAAGGGGAGAUAAUUAGCAGCAGUGCUCCUCAGGUUCCAAAAGAUGGAAGGUCAACAGAUUUUACUCACACAAGAAGAAUGAAGCCUGGAAGUGCACCUUUCCAAGAUAGAGGUGAAGAUGGAGGUUCUUACAAAGUGCCUGAAGAGGUUUCCAGUAAUAAAGAUUCAUCAUUUGAAGGAAAUACUUCUGUUCAUGCUGGUGCUUCAUGGCGAACAAUGCCACUUGGUGAUCAUGCUGCCCAGUUUCACGAUGGUAGAGAUGUAACUAGUGAUGUUAGAUUGAGAAAAUCGGAUCUGAACUCACUCCAGCCAAAAGAUCCUCAUAAUCAGUGGGAAAAUAAUUUGGGUUAUUUAUCUGACUCCAAAGAAGUAGGUAAGUGGCAAGCUAGUGAAGAUCCUGUUAUUAAGAGGCAGUUGUCUGGCAUUUUGGAUAGUGAACUUGAAAUCAGAAGAGUUCAACAGACUGCUCCAGAGGAGUUAUCCCUUUUGUAUAAAGAUCCUAAGGGUCUAAUCCAAGGUCCAUUUAAAGGAAUUGAUAUUAUUGGAUGGUUUGAGGCUGGGUAUUUUGGUAUCGAUUUACCUGUUCGUCUGGAAAAUUCAGCAGCUGACUCACCAUGGUUGUCUCUUGGUGAUGCCAUGCCCCAUUUACGAGCUAAAGCUCGACCUCCACCUGGGUUUUCUACACCAAAGCCAAAUGACUUCACAGAUAUUCCUGCCCGACAAAUUUCCAGUACAUUUGGGAAUACUCUUACUGGUUUGAAUGAGCUUGACAUUUUGCGAAGUGAUUCUAGGCAUCGUCCAAAUCCUGAUACUGAAGCUGAAAAUAGGUUUCUGGAGUCACUCAUGUCUGGUAGCAAGAACAGUCCUCCCCUUGAUGGCCUGGCAUUGUCAGAAGGUUUACAAGGGUUUGUUGGAAAUAAUCCUGGUAAUAUGGGUACAUCAGCAGUUGAUAAUGGAAAUCUUUACUUGCUUGCUAAGAGGAUGGCACUUGAACGACAACGGUCCUUGCCUAGUCCCUACCCUUACUGGCCAGGGCGUGAUGCAGCUUCGUUUGCUCCAAAGCCGGAGGUUGUUCCAGAUGCCUCCAUGCAUUCUAAACUAUUGUCUUCAGUGAGUGAUAACUCUCGGCAACCUCAAUCCCAAAAUUCCGAGUUAAUGUCAAUCAUCCAAGGUUUAUCUGAUAGGACAUCUGCUGGCCUAAAUAAUGGUGCUGCUGGCUGGCCUAAUUAUCCCUUACAAGGUGCAUUGGAUCCCCUGCAGAAUAAAAUUGACAUGCUUCAUGAUCCGAAUUUUCCUCAAAUGCCAUUUGGAAUUCAGCAGCAAAGGCUGCCAGCACAAAACCACUUGUCUUUAAGCAAUUUACUGUCUCAAGCUGCUUCUGAUAACCCAAAUAACCCUUUGACAGCGGAGAAGCUACUUUCUUCAGGUUUAUCACAAGAUCCUCAGAUAUUGAAUAUGUUGCAACAGCAGUACUUGUUGCAACUGCAUUCUCAAGCGGCUGCUCAAUCACAGCAGAUCCCCUUGAUUGAUAAACUUCUAUUGCUGAAGCAACAACAGAAACAGGAGGAGCAGCAGCAGCUGCUACGGCAACAACAACAACAAUUGCUUUCUCAAGUGUUGCAAGACCAACCGUCUGGCCAGCUCUUCAGCAAUUUAUCUUAUGGACAGUUGCAAGGUGUAUUACCAAUAGGUAAUUUGCGUGUGGAUCCUUCUCUAGUUCAACCACAACAAGAGGUUUUUCCCAUGAGCUCUCAGACACCAAUCUCCAAUGUGCAUAAUGAGCAUAAUUCUAAUUCUUUGAAUCUACCACCUAAAGUUAGUCAAGAUACAAGUUCUAAUGUAAGCAGCCAAUCUUCUUUACGUCUUCCGCACCAAUUAUUUGGCGAUGCUCAUCCAGAAAAUUGGGGCCCUAAUCUUACUGAACAAAUUAUCGAUCAGCAUCAGAAGGAAUCAUUUCCAGUAUCAUCAACUCAGGCUGAUGGUUCUGCAUUGCUUGAACUGAACAGAUUCAAAGAGGAACCCCUCAUUGCAUCUCUUUCUCCUUCUGAUUAUGCUGCUAAGUCAGUGGAACAGGUGCCACCCAGCAAUUUUAGGCCUGAUGCUGUGGUUGUGACCUCAACUUCUAAGCCUGGGGAAAUUUCUGGAAAUGUGGAGUCUUUUGCAUCCAGCAUUGCCUUAUCUACAACUGUAUCUAAUGUGUCACCACCAGUGAGUGGUCCUGGUACGGAGGUGAAGACCAAAUUGGAUAUUGUGAAUCAAGAGCAUCAUGCUGGGAACGGCGGCAUUGUAUCUGAGCCAUCUCUGGGAGACAUAAGAAAGAUUGAAGCUCAAGAACCUAAAAAGGCUAGUGAGAAGAAAUCUAAGAAGCAAAAAUCAACCAAAUCUCAGUCUUUUGAUCAAACAAAGGGAGCGGUAAAAAAUUUGACUUUGCAGCCAUCAAAGCAGUCAGAAACUGAAAUGGCGAAGUUAAGUGAUUUUAGGGAAGCUAAGAUUGACGAAUCGUUAGAUGAUACAAAUAUGCAACAAACAAGAGUUAAGGGAACACGGACUGGAAGUGCUGUCUCAGAGACUGGUGAUCACCAACAUGCUGGUGGCUGGUCUGGUAUUAUUACUGGAAAGAUAGCUGAAACAGUUGGUGUAGGUGAGGCCAUUUCAACUACAUUUUUGACACAGAAAACUGAGGUACCUGCCGGACGAGCUUGGAAACCUGCUCCAGGUGUCAAACCGAAAUCUUUCUUAGAAAUUCAACAGGAAGAAAAAAGGAAGGCAGAGACCGAAACACUAGUAUCUGAUGUUGCUGUUUCUGUCAAUUCAAUGAGCCUAGCAACUCCCUGGGCUGGGAUUGUAGCCACUCCGGACUCCUUGAAGGUAUCUAGUGACAGUGUCAGAGAAGGAGGCAAUACUGAGAAUCCUGUUAAAUCUGAAACUUCUCAAAAUGUCAAGAGCAAGAAAAGCCCUCUACAUGAUCUAUUAGCAGAAGAAGUUCUAAAGAAAUCUAAUGAAAUAGAUGCUGAGGUUCCAGAUAGUAUAUUGCCCUCACAUAAUAUAGUUGUACAAUCAGAGUCAUUGGAUGACGGCCAUUUUAUUGAGGCGAAAGAUACUAAAAGAAGCCGAAAAAAGUCAACAAAAUCGAAGGGUUCAGGAACUAAAGCUUCAUUGCCCAUUGCAUCAUCUGAUGUACCCAUAGCUUCAAGCCCCAAUGAAAAGGGAAAAAACUCCCGCUUGGCACAGCAGGAAAAGGAAGAGUUGCCUGUCAUCCCUGCAGGACCCUCUUUCAGUGAUUUUGUUCUUUGGAAAGGAGAGCGAGAACCACCAAGCUUGUCUCCUUCUCCAGCAUGGUCUACUGAUUCCGGUAGGGUUCCAAAACCAACUUCAUUGAGGGACAUUCUAAAGGAACAGGAGAAAAAGUCCUCUUCUGCAAUUCCUGUUAGCCCAGUGCCUCCGCCUCCAAAAUCUCAGCCUACCCAGUCUACACGGAAUAGUGCUUCUUCAUGGUCAGUUUCAGCAUCCUCUCCAUCUAAAACUGCUUCUCCAAUUCAGAUAAAUACCCAAGCUUCUCAAUCAAAAUACAAAGGAGAUGAUGAUUUGUUCUGGGGUCCAAUGGAGCAAUCUAAGCAAGAUGCUAAGCAGUCUGAUUUCCCUCAGCUUGCUAGCCAAGGGAGUUGGGGUUCAAAAAACGUAAGCUCGAAAGGUAAUUCCCCCGGACUAUUGACAAGACAGAAAUCAGUGAGUGGUAAACAAGCUGAACGGUCUCUAGCAUCAUCACCGGCCUCUUCUCAAUCAAUGCUGAAAUUGAAAAAAGAUGCCAUGACAAAGCAUUCUGAGGCCACGGAUUUCAGAGAUUGGUGUGAGAAUGAGUGUGUUAGGCUUAUAGGUUCAAAAGAUACAAGUUUCCUUGAAUUUUGCUUGAAGCAAUCCAGAUCGGAAGCUGAACUGCUCCUCAUAGAAAACCUUGGAUCAUAUGAUCCUGACCAUGAAUUCAUUGAUAAGUUCCUGAAUUACAAGGAGUUGUUACCAUCGGAUGUUUUGGACAUAGCUUUUCAGAGUAGGAGUGAGAAGAAAGUUGGUGGACAUGGUGCGGCAUGGACAGCUUCAGCUAAUGCAGAUACGCAGGAUGUUGACUUGACUGAAGGAUCCUCUAAAGGUGGUGGAAAGAAGAAAGGUAAGAAGGGGAAAAAGGUUAGCCCUUCAGUUUUGGGAUUUAACGUUGUGAGUAACCGUAUCAUGAUGGGUGAGAUCCAGACUGUAGAAGAUUAAUUGGAGAGAGUUUCUGUCGGUAGAUGUAAAUACAUUUUGGUCGUACUUUGUAAAUGUUUUUUUUUCCCGUUUUAGGUGUUUUAUGUUUUUUUCUUUUUUAUACAGAACAGUAGCAGCAUUUAUUGGAUCUGCUUAACCAAUUUUGUUAUCUAAUGUUAGGAGUUGUUUUGACACUA